GCGGUUUAACUCAGUAUUGCAAUCGCCUUCGACAUGAAAAGUCGUGUUUUCAGAACGUGGCCAUUGGUCAUCUUGCUUUUACUGGCUUGGCUAAACUCCUCUGACUGUGCUAAUUAUCGGCUCGGAACCAGUGUAAAACCGUCUUUAUACAACCUGAGCAUCACUAUAAAAUACGAUACUAUAACUCCAUCUGAGAUAUCCUACAAAUUCGAUGGAGAUGUCGAAAUCACCCUGCAGGCUAUGGAGGCCAAUGUUUUACAAAUAACACUACACAAGGACGACAUUGACAUAACCUCUUGUUCGCUCAACAGUGGCGCUGGAGUGCUGGUGGAGAGCAUUCAGAGCAGUAGUAUGUCAUAUGAGCAGCAGACGCAGCAGCUAACUGUGCUACUGACUCAGGCGUUGGUUGCCAAUCAAAACUAUAUAUUGAAAUUCAAGUACACGGGAAGAAUACAGACUGAUACGGUGGGUCUGUUCUCCACCAGCUACAUGGAUCCAGCGACGAUAACGAAAAAGACGGUGCUGCUAACUCACAUGCAAGCCAUCAAUGCGCGUCUUGUUUUUCCCUGCUUUGACGAACCAGCCUUCAAGGCCAAGUUUAAGGUUCACAUUGGACGUCCAAGUGGGUUCAAUACUAUUAGCAACACAAAACUGAUCGAAAGCACAGACGAGGGCAACAAUCGCUUUGUGGAUCACUUUGAGGAGACGCCCGUAAUGUCCACCUAUCUAUUGGCCUUCGUGAUAUCCUCCGAGUAUAAGUCACGAGGCAACAGCUCUCUGGCCAUUUAUACUAGACCGGCAUAUUACGAUUACACCUCGUUCAGCUACAGUGUGGCUGAACGGGUGCUUCCCGCAUUCAAUGAGCUGUUCCAGCAGCCUUACCAGGAUCUGGGCAACGAAGUGCUGCAGUAUGCGACUACACCUAGCUUGCGUCCCAACAGCAUGGGGAACUGGGGUCUAGUUGUGCUCAAAGAUCAAGUAGUUUUGGAACAACCUGGCUAUACCGACGGGUGGACACAAAAGGAGUUUACCAUUCGCAAUAUAAUCCACGAGAAUGCGUACAUGUGGUUUGGCAACAGUGUCACGAUUAAGUGGUGGGGUUUCUUAUGGAUGCAAGAGGGAUUUGCGCGCUACUAUGAGUUCUUCAUGGGACAUCAGUUAUACCCGGAAUAUCAGUUGGACCAACAAUUUGUCGUAACUAAACUUCAGCAUAUUCUUUCCGUCGACUCUGUAAGUAGUACACAGACUGUAUCUUCCGGCGAGGCGAAGGUUGACACUCCCCAAGACAUCGAAAAAAUGUUUGGAAGCAUCACUUUUGACAAGGCAGCCAGCGUUAUUCGCAUGUGGCGAAAUGCAAUGGGCACUGAAAACUUUGACAAAGCCAUAGAAAGCUAUCUAAAGGAAUUCCAUUUGGGAAAUACAAGUCCAAAUGAUUUGGCUGCGCACCUCAAGCAAAACUCUCCUGAUAUUGAUAAUGUCACAUUGCAUAACUUCAUUGGUGACUACACCAUACAGGUCGGUUACCCAGUGGUAACAGUGAGACUUGUGCAAGAAGACAAAGUCGGCGUAAUACAGAAUCGCUUCCUGCUCAAUUCUAACGACGGCAGUGAUCGCAAUUUGAGGUAUACGGUGCCCAUCACCUUUACUACAAAUCUUUCACCCAAUUUUGAAAAUCUGACUCCCCGAUUUUUCUUGAGUAAAAUAUUGGAAGAUUAUAUUACGUUUACAAAACCAAUAGACUGGAUUAUUGUUAACAAAAAACAGUCCAACUACCAGCGAGUAUUUUAUAAAGAUCCGCUGAUGGGCCGCAUUCAAAAGGCACUGACAGAGAUAAAUCACAGUUAUAUUCCCGUUGAGAAUCGUGCUGCUUUCAUUGAUGAUCUCUUCAACUUUGCCCACGCUGCAAUGAUUGACUAUGUCGAGGUAUUUGAAUUUAUGGAGUAUAUGAGCACAGAAACCGACUACAUACCAUGGCAUGCAGCCUAUGAGGGCCUGACCCUAGUCUCAAAGCGCUUAACACCAGAGCAGCUACCGAAUUUCAACAAAUAUCUGAGCGAUAUCACAGAUGCGGUGUACAAGAAGCUUGGAGUGAGCUGGAGCUCGACGGAUAAGGUUCUCGAUGUCUACAAUCGCAACAAACAGGUGGCCUGGCUUUGUAAGUACCAAUCGGAGGACUGCAACAACCAGGUGCGGGAAAAGUUCGAAGCCAACUCGGAGCAACCAUCACCAGAUUACCGCGAGACCUUCUACUGUGCAGCCUCACGAUCCGGUGGAUAUGAACGCGUGUUAGAGUAUUAUGAGAAAUCAACUAAUUUAGUAGAUAGCGAGCUUCUUUUGCGCGCCUCCAGCUGCACAAGAGAUUAUCGGACGCACUACCAGAACAUGGUAAUAUUAGGGCGUAGCGAUGUGCCUGUUAAGCUUAUCGCUCUCGCCCAGCUGUAUGAGCAGAAUCCCGACUUGAUAACUCCCAUUUUCCAAAUGGUAAUUGAGGACAUCACCCAAUUGGCAAAUGCUUUGAAUGGCUGGCCGACGACAGCACAGGCGUUGAGCGAUAUGGCAGACUAUUUCACCACAAGGGAGCAGCGGACACUGUUCGAGAACUUCUAUAAUGAGAAAUAUGCCCUGUUCGGCAGCUCAGCGAAUAUACUUAGCAAGGCCCUAAGCACAGUGGACACGAACCUGGAAUGGGCCGACAAACGUUUGGAUGGUCUCAAUAAAUAUUUGGCACAACGGAACGGCGCUGCUGGACUCGCCUUGGCGACAACGCUGAUGCUACUGACCACGAUGUUCUCAAAUUUGUUGCUUAAAUGAGAAAAUGAUUUGCCUUACGAGAAUUGUCGUUGGUCACUCGUCUCAUGCAUUGACUAAGGAUAUUAUUAGUAAAUUGCAUUUAGCGCAAUAUUAUCUUUUUAUUGCUGAUAAUAAUACAAAAACAAUUGCACCAAUUGCCUCAAUUGUACCAAAAUCUUUUUGAAUUAAAAUUUAAGUUGAAUAAAAUAAAAAAAAAAAAAAAUAUUCGAAAAUACCAUUAAACAUAAUAACAAUCGGAUUCACCGGGUUUUUGCUAAAAAUGUUCAGUUUUUUUCAAUUAACUAUUUUCUUUUGAUUUUAAAUACAAGUCAUAUUAACUAAUAACCAUGAUAUACUUGCUAAAGACGUAGAUGAUCGCCAUAAUCUCUGAUCUGCUCCGCCAUCAUAAUCGUCCCCAAUUCUAUAGUCAAUGUACACUUUAUUUUGGUUGAAAUAAAAUAAAAAAUCGUGCUGCUGCACUCGGAAAAC